AUGCAGAUGAACCGUCUGGGAAACGUCCCACAGGAUGUGGAGCUGGUGGAGGCGAUGGCCGGUGCAGCACUCUGCUCCGCUGGCAAAGCCCACAGGCUGAGUGCUGAGGAGAGGGAUCAGCUGCUGCCCAACCUGAGGGCCGUGGGGUGGAACGAGCUGGAAGGCCGUGAUGCCAUCUUCAAGCAGUUCCACUUCAAAGAUUUCAACAGGGCUUUUGGCUUCAUGACCAGAGUGGCCCUGCAGGCCGAGAAGCUGGACCACCAUCCCGAAUGGUUUAACGUGUACAACAAGGUGCACAUCACUCUGAGCACCCAUGAAUGUGCGGGCCUUUCAGAACGAGACAUAAACCUGGCCAGCUUCAUCGAACAAGUAGCAGUGUCCAUGACAUAGGCCCCACCUUUCCUUGCAUUCCCGGGGAAGGGGGUGACAGAAUUGGAGGCAAGGAGGGAACUGAGUCAGAACCGCGUGUUGACCCUGCCGCCUCCAUUUAGGGCUAAGUCCUUGCUGCAGAUGCCAGCAUCAUCACUGCCAAUGCCAGCAGCUGAGCCCUUUUCCCUGAGCACUCUCUUCAUCCUUGGGGCUACUUCUACGCUUUGAAUAAGCUUUUCCUUUCUUUGCAACUUCCUGGCAUCCUGAAUGGUGUUCUUUCCUGGCUGGGUCUUGCUCUCUAACUCAUUUCCCAAACAUCUGUGAAGGGUGAAGGUCCUAUCUUAGAACCCAGGACCCUAACGCGAAUCCCACCCAAUGUCUCAGAAACCUGUGCUUUUAUGUCACCAAUAAAACGAGUGUAUCAAGGUCUCAAGCUCUAGAAACUUCUUUCCCACAGGUCAGUUUAGUCAAUUAGCCUUGUGUGGGUGGGUGCAUGCACGCUCACUACUGAGGACUGGACCCGGGGCCUUGCACAUGCUAGGCAAGCACUCUGCUACUGAGCUACACUCUGGCCCACAGGCAUUUCAAUGAUAGCACUUCACAUUAGUGCCCUCGAAGCCUGGCCCCGGGUGAGUGCCACCGAAGCUUCGUCCUGCCGUCAUCCUCAGGAAGCGUGGCUUCAUCAUCUCAAAAGAAAACAGAACCCAAAAAAA